AAAAUGUUUAAAGAUACCCGCGCGACCGUUCCAACCCUCGUUCCUGUCGGCAAGAUAGCUACAGUCUUCCGCGCCUGUCGAUACCUCGGCAAAGGCCAACAACAUUUUAAUUCUCAUACAAGAGAGAUAUAGUAGAAAAUUUCCCAUGAUUAUGAGUUGGGCGGCCAAGUCUUACAGAGGAGCAGUGAGGACCUUUAUCAAAGGGUCUCCAGCUGUGGGGACAUUGAGAGUCCCAAGUGGUGGUAACCGCUGGAAGGCCACUUUGGCAGCAGAAGCACCUGGACCAGAGGCACGACCUUCCAGGGACAUACCAGGGCCAAAACGCUGGCCUGGAGUUGCUUCAUUGCCCUUUGUUCUCUCACAUAAAGAGCAUGACCCUUUGAGGAUUUACAAGGUGUGGAAAGCCUGUGUAAAGGAGUAUGGUCCAGUAUUUAGACUGGAUAUGCCUGGGAUGCCUCCAAGUGUGUACAUAUCAGAUCCUGCAGACAUAGAACACUUGUUCAAGUCCACAACUAAGGAGCAUCAUAAGCCAGUCUUUAAAACCUUAAGUGCCAUUAGGGAUACUCAUGAUUUCCACCAACCCCAGAAGGCUGGUAUUCUGACAGAGUAUGGAGAAGAGUGGUGGCGUGUCAGAAGGCGAGUCCAGCCAUAUACGGCCAAGCCAAAGACUGUGGCCAUGUACCUUGCCCAGAUGGACCAGGUUGCUUUGGAUUUUGUGGACAGGUGGGCAGGCUUAAGGGAUGAAAACAAGGAGCUGCCAAGUGACUUCACAGAAGAGCUCUACUGUUGGGGACUUGAAUCUCUAGGGUUAGUGAUAUUCAAUAAACGUCUUGGGUACCUGGAAGGGAAUCCAGAAGUGAAGGAAGUUGUUCAAAUGGCCAGAGAUAUAUUUCAUCUUGUUCAGAAGUUGGAGUUGGCACCCAUACAAUGGUGGAAGAUAAAGGAGACAGAGGAUUUCAAACAGCUGCGACUGACGAAUGAUAAGCUCUUGAAGUAUGUCCAAGGCUCAGUUAUAAAUGCUUGCAAGUGCCUGGAAGCUCGCAGUCCUGACAGCCAGGAGGAGCUCAACAUUGUGGAGAAGUUGCUCCUUGAUCAUGAACUGUCUUUUGAGGAUGUUCACGUUUAUCUCAUGGACUUGCUAACAGCAGGAAUUGAUACGACGGCCAUGACUGUGGCCUUUACUCUAGUAAAACUAGCCCAGAACCCAGAGAAGCAAGCCAAGCUCCACGAUGAACUAGAUGCUGUACUUGGGGAUAGACAGGAGCUGCUGACUCCCCAGCAUAUGGGCGACCUGAAAUAUACAAAGGCCUGUGUCAAGGAAACUCUACGGACUAAUUCACCUGCAAUCUUGACCAUGAGAAAGCUGUAUAAAGAUACUGUACUAGGUGGUUAUAUUGUGCCAAAGGGGUUCACUGUGAACGUCAUGCUGAACAUUGCGGGGACACAGGAUGAGCACUUUCCGAGAGCCGCAGAAUACCAGCCUGAACGCUGGCUGCGUCAUCACCCCCUGGGCCCUAUAAAUCACUAUGCUUCUAUACCUUUCAGCACAGGUCUCCGGAAUUGUGUAGGACGCAGGUUAUCUGAGCAAGAGUCUUACACUGUUGUUGCUAGAUUGCUUCACAAGUACCGGUUGGAGUGGCAUUACGGAGACCUUGAUCCCAUCAUGAGCAUUGUGGUGACGCCUGAUAAACCUCUUAAGCUGAAAAUGAUCGAAAGGAAGUGAGGCUUGACAAACCUAUGCAGCUGACAUUGUCCGAAUGGAAAUGAACCCUUCACGAGACUCCUUUGUUACUUAAUCUUUUCUUACUACAGAUGAAUAUAAUAUUAGUUACCUGGGUCAAUUUAGGAUGAAUGAGAUUUGAUAUCAAUACACUUUAGGUAGUGAAAAAUGAAAUACAUGGUAUUUUAAAACUCCUUCAUGAAAGAUUGGCCGAUGUUCUGAUUUAAUUUUAAAUGUUUUUUAAUAAUUUCAUGGUGUUUAAUCACUGUUCAUUAAUUGUUCCAUUGUGGUAUUGUUAUAUUUUUAAUAAAUGUUUUUACUGCAA